CAAUAAAUCUGUUAGUCUAUAAGGUGCCACAGGACUCCUCAUCGCUUUUUCAGAUUCAGACUAACACGGCUACCCCUCUGAUAGAUGAGCUAAGAACCACCCAACCAACCCCCCUUCUAAUCAUGCUCUCUCAGGAGAUCUUCCUUUCAAAGCCAGCAGAGGGCAUAAUUCCUCUCUAACACUUGGUCUUGUCUUAUGGAUAUAUCCUCAGCAUUGAAGAUGAGCUCUUUCUGAGCUCCGGUGUUAUUUGUAUUAGUAUUGUGCUUAGGAGCCCUGUUGCUAGGCACUGCACUGUGAAGAAAAGAUGUUGCUUGACCGGAAGAGCCCAUGACUAUAUAGGAUUGAGCUGGAGACUUGAAUGGAAAAACAGAAAGUUAUUAGUUGGGGUUCACUGUGCAGAACCUCUAACCAAGGACUCUUGCUACUAGCCACCAUGUUUGUUUUAGUGGAGAUGAUGGAUACGGUACGGAUUCCUCCCUGGCAGUUUGAAAUGAAACUCAAUGACUCCAUUACUGAAGAGCUAAAUAAGAAGUUAGCUAACAAGGUUGUGUACAACGUUGGCCUCUGCAUCUGUCUGUAUGACAUCACAAAGCUGGAAGACUCGUACAUAUUUCCUGGGGAUGGUGCCUCGCACACUAAAGUGCAUUUCCGGUAUGUUGUGUUCCAUCCCUUUCUGGAUGAAAUUCUGAUCGGGGAGAUUAAAGGCUGCAGUCAGGAUGGAGUUCACGUUUCUCUUGGGUUCUUCGAUGAUAUUAUCAUCCCUCCAGAGUCCCUGCAGCAGCCAGCUAAGUUCGAUGAAGCAGAGCAGGUCUGGGUGUGGGAGUACGAGACAGAAGAAGGGGCUCAUGACCUGUACAUGGACACAGGGGAGGAGAUCCGCUUCCGGGUAGUGGAUGAGAGCUUUAUUGACACAUCCCCAACAGGUCCAUGCUCCACAGAGGCCUCCACCUCUGGUGCCACAGAGGAGGUGCAGAAGAAGGAGGCACCCUACACUCUUGUGGGAUCCAUCAGUGAGCCUGGCCUGGGCCUCCUCUCGUGGUGGACAAACAGUUAGCAGCAGUCAGAACUUGCUCUGCGUGGAACCUAUGGGAUGGAUGCUUUCAGGGAUUGCAGGAGUCAUCUGGUGCAUCACUUCCCUCUGGACAUUGAACAAGAAUGCAGGGAUUCCAUGUUACUGUCUUUGCUCCCCACCAGGUUGAGCUGGCAUCUGUCAAGAAAUACCUCCAUUACAACUGUACAAGUGAAGCUACAGGCACAUAAGCCCAGCAGCCACAAACUCAUCUGGGACUUUAUCUAGGAUGUCAGCAGAAUUGGGGUCAAAUGCCAAAGUCAGUCUCUGCUGUCUUGGAAAAAAGCAAUCUAAGUUAGUGUAGUGGCAGGUCAGGGGGCUGCUGUCUGGCCAGAAGAAACUGGUCAUUUCCUACCACACCUAGUCUCGAGAGAUGUAAUUAAGUAUAAGCAAGAGUCUGUCUCCUUAACACAGAAGAGGGACAUGCUGCUUUCUCAAUAGGAGAGGAAACUGCAAAGUAUGGAAGAGAUGCACUGGCUCUUAAGCCAUUGUAAACCCUGGUGCUGAAAGGAUGGGGAAGGCUCAGAGCUGUGGCAGGUAUGGGGAUACCACCUGUAGAGGAGGAUUCACUGCACUAUGAGGGAAUUGCAGUUCUAUUAUGUGAAUUGCUACAAUGAUGGAAGGAUGUCUGCUUAUUAGGAAGCAAUUUAGCUGGUGUUUUUAAUCCUUUGCUGUCUUCUGAAAGCAACUCCCUGAGAUGAUGCUGGAGUGAGAUGCUCUGUUACAGUGGAUGCCCUGUGGUCUGAUGCAAAAUAAGCUCAAUUCUACUGGUGGCUUGACUGAAAACUUUUUUUUAAGAGGAAAAAGAGACCCUAGUGCUGGGUAAGGCCAUGCUUCCAGUCCCUUAUGGGGGAGGGGCAAGACUAGUAUUAAUACUAGAUGAAUACAUGUUAAUUCCUAGCCACACACAACCCAGCCUCCUGCAGCUUGGGUGACUUGCUUCAUCUUAAUGCAGAUACUUUCUGGCAUUUAGUUAAGAGAAGCAACAUUAAACAUGCAGGGCCUAGAGCCAGCAUGAUGUGUUAUGCAUGAUUAAAUAGCAGCCAUUUUAGGGGGCUAGAAUGCUAUUGGAUGUUACUACUGCUGACCUCAAAGUAUGAAAGCAAAGCUUAAGUCACUGGAACCAUUCCUACAGUAUAAUUUCAGCCCUUUAAUUCUAAGCAUGGCUACUGCUGGUUUAGAUUUUAAUCAAAGCAGUCUAGAAUUCAUCUUGUCUCAGCCAUCCGAGCCCAUCAAGUUCCAUCUAUGCUGUUGCCAAGUUUCUCUAAUGUAGUACUGACCAAACAUUGCUUGUCAUUCUAACAGGGCUGCUAAUGGGAAAGAAAAGUAGGGUAUUUUACAGAACUUCCUAGCCUGGAGUACAGGAAAAACAGAUUAAGCAUGUACUAGGAAUAGGCUUCAAAGAGAAAAUGCUCUUCACCCACUCCUCUCUGUAGUUUAAGGGACAUUGGCUAUAUGAAAACUAUGGAAUCCAAGCAGUCUAACCAAUAAAAAACUACUGCUGCUGUUU